AUGGAAGAUUGUCUCAUAUUUAGAAGCAACAGGGUAGCAGCCAGCCAGCCAAUAAUCAUAGUUAUUUCGACAAUCUACGAGAAUAGAUCUUGUCUUCUUCUUCGUUCAUAUCUUAUGGAGACAAAAAAUACUCUAAGAUAUAUUAGAGUUCGUGCAGACAGCAGAAAGAAACGCACGAGACUUUUCAACACAUGA